ACGUCUUCAAAGCCCGCAUCGAUCAUCCAUUGCUUGUGGCGGUUGGCCACGUUGAUUUGCUUGCCAAACAUUUUGCUGGCAUCAUCCAGCUUGGUUACCCAUUCCUUGGUCCAAGGCGCCCUGUCGAAGCUGUCGUCGUCACUGAAGAUCCAGGCAUCGUAUUCUUGCAUUUCACAGUAGCCGCCUGGCUUGAGGUGCGUCCUCACCUGGCGAUAGAAUCGACCCCAGUCAGCAACGGUACCGCCGAGGGCACGCCCGUGGAUGUAGUCGAACGCCUCGUCUGGUCUGUACGUCCACUCGUCUUCGUAGUCGUCGACGUGGAAGCGGCAGUUGCCGGGCACCCAUUCGGGUUGAAUGGGGCUCAAAUCAACGCCAAAUACAGACGCACGAGGGUGCUGGUCAGCAAUAUCCAUAGCCCAAAUACCGGUGCCGCAGCCGAGAUCCAAGAUCCUGUAAUCGCUGCCGGAAUCCGACUCGUCUGGAACAUUCAAGGGCGCCGUGUACAAGCUUCCAUGGAGUAGGAGAAGCCAAAUGUGGUGUUGGAGAUCAAGGCGCUCUUGUUCAUCCUCGUCGUUGGGCAAGACAUACUGCCCCGAGCGAUAGGCAUGGUACCGACGACCGUUCUCAUAGACAUAGUUUGUGAUGGACGAGGUGAUGGAUCCGGUGCGGGAUGAGCCGUCUAGGGAGACGUAAGCCGAGUCGGCAUCAUAGUUGUCUUCGGCGCCCUCGUCGUGCUGCAGGCAAGGACGCAAAGAGUCGCGUUAGUCACCGGCAUGCAGGUUUCGAAGGACGGAAGCAGUGAGCAUCUGGCAUCAACGUACAUCGAUUUCGAGGUGAGGGUGGUCUGGUUCAUCGGCAGGGCCUUGCUGCAAAUCCCCUGGACUUGUCACAUCCUUUGAUGCUGUUGGUGACUCCGGCGGCUUCCCAAAGGCCGCGGCAGAGCCAGACCCGCUAUUAGCAGCGGGUUUGGCGGGGCUAUCAGACAUUGGAAUGGCGUAGCUCUAGCACGAAGGAUGGGGAGAAAGUGAGAAACUCGUGGGACCCCAGUUUGGCAGCGUUACUUCUUUGUCUUCAGGUUUGUCUGGCCGGCGAUGAUCUGCCGAAAGGAUCGGGAGAGCAAGGUAUCGGGGGGACGAACACUUGGGACAGACGGCGGACCCAAUUCAUAUGGGCCCCUUCCCCUUCCGAGAGCCCCUCCUUGGUCUGGCUGGCCCAGACAUGUGUUGUUUCUCGUUUGUACCCGAACCCCUGGGCUCGUGGGCUCAUGGGCUCGCUUGGGAGGCGGAUUGCGUAUUUUUUCCCUUGGACAAAUUCGUGGCUGCGUGGUUCCAGCUGGCCGUGGUCCCAGCAGUAAGGUCUGACGCCCCGCCGUUCCCACCUGCCGAGACGAACCAAGGGCCUGCCAUCCCGGAUCAGGGGGUGUUUUGCUCCGCUAGCCUCCGCUAACCUCCGCUAGCUGCACCUGUCCCCACGCGCUACACCCGCACAAGCAGCUGCCAGCCGAGCGCCGGUUUCCGCGCUAUCACUUCACCACAUCCCAUCACACAACUCCACUCAAGAAGACGAGUUCCACAUCACAGGCCGCACCCAAAAUGCUACCCAAGUUCUGGUUUGUACCGAGCCGGGUAUGUCUCUCUCACUCGGGGACGGUUGCCUGUUGCGGGAAGUGUGCUCCCAUGUCGAAGGCCACCGUGAAGGACGAUCCAAGGAUGCCUUUCUUCUUCAGGGGCCCAAAGGGGGCGAGGCACUGAGGGAAUACCUACGCCCAGAACUCGAGAGAGGGGAAGGGGGUCUUGACAGAUGAUUGGAAACGGAAGACGAAGUGGAUUGCUUCUUUAAUUCGGGCCCCCUCCUUGAACCGGCGGACUGGGACCUGGAAAUGAACCUGUUUAUCGGCCGGGGGGCCUUUUAAAGAUAUCUUUGUUUGCUCGUCCUGGCUUGUGACUUAUCUCCUGCUUCCUGUCCCUUGAUCUGACUGAUCACCUACCGACACUGCUCUCUCUAUCCCCCUCUCUCUUCGUUUCAUCCUCAUCUUCAACAUGGCCGACGUUCAAAAAAAGCUCAUCGUGGUGUUGGGUGCCACCGGUAACCAGGGCGGUGCCGUUGCCCGCCGUUUUCUCCAGGACCCGCAAUACGCCGUUCGCGGCUUGACCCGCAAUGUCUCGUCGCCCGCAGCACAGGCCCUCAGGGAGCUCGGGGCCGAAGUGGUGGCGGCCGAGCUGGACGACGUCGAAUCUCUCAAGAAGGCCUUCAAGGGCGCCAACCUCAUCUUCAGCGUGACACAGUACUGGGAGCCCUUCUUCCGCCCUGACUGCCGGGCCAAGGCGGAGGAGCUCGACAUCACCUGCCGCAAGUACGCCUAUGAUGUUGAGGUCCAGCAGGGCAAAAACAUUGCCGACGCUGCGGCCACUGUGGUUGACACUCUGGUGGAUAACGGCUUCCUGGUAUCGACCCUGAGCAGCGCGCGGAAGUGCAGCAAGGGCAAGUUCCAGGACCUAUACCACUUUGACUCCAAGGCCGAUGUGUUCCCCGACUAUGUUGUUCCCAAGUAUCCCGAGUUGGCGGCCAAGAUGUCGUGUAUUCACACCGGCUUCUUCACCACCAGUCACAAUAUCCUGCCCGACUCCUAUUUUGCCAAGCAAUCCGACGGGAGCUUCCAGAUGCGCUUCCCCUGUAACCCAGACAAGCUGGUUCCCCAGCUGGACGUGAACCGUGACAUUGGCAACUUUGUGUAUGCCGUCUCCCAGAUGCCGCCUGGAAAGGCUUACAUGGCUGGGGAGUAUCUGAGCUUCAGGGAUUGGGCGGCUGCGUGGGGUCGGGUAACUGGGGCCACCAUCGAGUAUAAGGAGGUGACGAUUGACGAGAUGGUGGCCGAGACUCCUGACAAGCCCUGUGGACUGGAGGUUGCUCUCAUGUAUUCGUAUUCGUCCGAUCCGGGGUACGAUGGUGGGAUGGAGCUGUUGACAGCUGAAGAUAUCCAAAAGGCGGGCAUCGAUUGCCCGAUCACGACGGUGGAGGAAUCUCUGGCAAAGCAGGACUUUUCCAAGUAUUUCAGCAAAUAA